AUGCCGCGCCGACGCGUAUCCGUCUCCUACUCAGCUCUCGAAGAAAGCAGGCCCCCUCUGCUGGAGACCCGAUGGGGGCUCAUGACAUACACUCUAUCACGCGUCCCGCCCCGAAAGCUUGCCGCGCUCCUCACCUACGCUUGGCUCAUCUUCCAGCUAUCAGAUCGGCAGUGGAUCACACCCGAAGUCUGGGGAAAGGCAGGAGGGAGUAUUGUCGGUGUGCUGAGUAUGGUCACGGGUUUACUAUUAUCGUAUAGAUUUUCGACGGCUAUAGGAAAGUGGGACGAAGGAAAGAAGGUCUGGUCGGAAGUCCGGACCACUAUCAGAGAUGGGAUACGAGUGCUAUCUAUCUCGGGCGGAGAAGAUGUUAGCUUGGGGGUGGAUGUCUCUGAGAAAGAUAGAAGAGAUGAUCCUUCAUCGGGGAAUAAUGAUGAUAAUUGCACUCUGGUCAACAGUCGGACAGACGAGCUGUCCGGUUUAUUUGUCGGGUUUGCGUUCGCUCUCCAACACCACCUGCACGGUACAAGACCUCUGCCUCAAGCACCGUUAUGUGACCUGCUUCCGCCAUCCUACCUCUCAUCUCUCAAAAGAACGGAUGCCCGAGUACGAUUUGCGGAAGCUCACGCGGGACCAUCGGGCACCUUGCGCCGCAAACCAACCGGAUUGCCAGGCUCAGAAGAGUCGGAAGGAGAUGACUGGGAGAUUGGGAACCUCAAAGAAAAUGCCGAGGAGGCCAUGUCGAAAUUCGCAGAGGCCAUCACGCAGUCGAAUGAGGUGGACAGCCAUAGGAGCCAGGAGCUGCAACAGCAACUCAAGCAGCUCAACAUCCCCGAGUCUUCUCCCGCCAUCGAUAACGGCACCGUUCCCACUCUGACGGCUGAUAAGCAGCCGGCCAAGUCGAAUCUACACUCUCCCUACCCACCCAACUUGUCUCUUACGCUACUCAAGAUCAUGGAUGCGUAUGUGGAAGGUCUUGGAGGUCUUCCAGAGGAGAGAGGUGGUUGGAACGUGCCAAAGCGUGAAAGAGGAUUUGCUCUGAUAAAAUCGCUCAACAACCACCUCGGCAAGGCCGAAAGGCUCUCAUCUAAUCCGCCCCCUCUACCUCUCACCCUCCAUCUCUCUCAUCUACUGACCAUCUACUUGGCCGCCAUCCCCUGCUCCCUCCUCUGUGUGGUCAAGGGCUGGCCAUUGGUGUUUAUCACCUUUAUCGCGGGGUGGUGCUUGCUUGGACUGGAAGCGCUCAUCAGCGAAGUCAGCGGUGUAUUCGGGUCUUCCGAAAACCACCAUCCGCUGCUGAUAUUCACCCAGGAGAUACUGAACGAGUCUCUCGACAUAUCGCCUUCGUUCCUGCGGUAUUAUCGAUCUCGGGUGGCAGCCCGGGUAGGGGACGAUGUCAGAGAGGUGUUGGAGCUGGACAGGAGAGGGAGACGCAGUGCUGACGAGUGGCUGCCGAGCUUUAGAUAG